AGAAGAAUACUCAAACCCACACAUCAAGCUAAAGAAGUAAUAAAAAAAUCUUCAGUAUCAAAGGGGAAAAGAUGAGAGAGAAUGGUAGAGCGAGAGAGUGGGUUUCAUGCACGGGACACAGGACGUGGCAUCGGCGGACAGCACUGGGUAGUGAGAAGACCAGACUCCAAGAGGGAGGUAGGCAGUGGAAAGGGGAAGAGUCAGGGCACUGUAGCUGGAAUGGGUAUCAGAAUAAACACGGAGGGGGGGGGCCCGCAAAGGAGAAGCAAGAACGGAAGGAGAUUUGGUUUUGUCAGGUUCCUUAAUGUAAGGAAUACCAGGGAGCUUGAAAACCAGCUUGAUAAAAUAAAGGUGGCAGGGCAUAAAUUAUGGGGAAAGACAUAUGCUAAUGCUGUGCGAGGUCAAGAAAGUUGCGAUGCUGGAAAAAGCGGAGAGAAGGGUCCUGAAAGACUCUUGAAGUCUGAAGAAGGUAUAAUCAGAGCCCGUGAAAAGCAAAAGCAGCUGAAGAACGAACUUGUUUGGAAACAGAAAAACAAAGGAGAGGUGUGGUCGGGUCUAGAGUUUAAGGUGAAAGAAGAUGACCUGCAGUGGUUGCAAGGAAGCUAUGUGGGAGUUGCACACUCAGUGGAGAUUGUACCCAAUUUACAAGAGAAGUUCUACAUGGAAGGGUACUUCUCAUGUAGAUUAAGAGCCAUGGGGGGAAAAUUGGUCCUUUUGGACAGUGAGGAUAAAGAAGAAAUUAAGGAUUUAGUGGAGGGAGCCUCAGAAUGGCUUGGGCAAUGGUUUUCAGAGGUGAAACCGUGGUCACCUACAAUGGUAGAAAAAGAAAGCACAAGCAAAAAGAGAAGGUUCGAUGUCGCAAGAUUUCUAUUAUCAACAUCAAUAAUGGAUUCUAUCUCCGUCCAUCGGAAAGUUAAAGUCAAUGGGGAUAUAUUUGAGUUGAAGUUUUCAGAAGAGGAAUUGACAAAUAGCCUCUUCUCAUUGAAGUAUGAUUUCAGGCCAUCUUUUAAUAGCGACUUAGAGUUGGAUGAGUCUUGGUCAGGUGCCUCGGAGUAUUCAGAAGGUGUUGAUGAAGAUAGCGGGGAAGCUAAAAUCGGAGAUGGCGCCGGCGAGGAUAGUCCAAACAAAGUAUCAAUGCCGAGCAAGGAGAGAGGGAGUAGGUUGGCUGUCACUUCAAACUCAAAGGCAAAAUUUGAAUUCGAAGGGAAGAGUAAUGAUGAGGGUUGGUCAGAAAAGAAGGCUAGGCUCUCAAAUAGCAGAGUAGGGGAGGAGGAGUCCGUUGAUGUGGUUGCAGAUAGCUUUGAAAUGGAUAUGGAAGAGGAUGACGCAGGGGAGAGAGCCGUUUUGGGAAUGGGUGCAUCUGGACGUAAGGAGAAGGCGCUCUCAAAUUCAAAUCCUGCAGCAAGUUUGGGAAGUGUUGGGUUGGGCAUGCAGCCCAAUAGUGACCCAUUAGAUGGAUUUGCUGCCAUUCGAAAAAGGGCCGGUGAAGGUCUGCCAAAAGAUUAUUGGACCGAUGAAAGAUUAAUAGGCAGGCCACAAUCGGGGAUUGAAGUAAGGCCCGAAGAGGGUGCCAAAAAGAAGAAGUCACGGGAAUCUGCAGAAAAAGACACGUUUAGUCUAAAGAAUGACAGCUCCUGUAGUAGUGAAAGGGAGAGAUCUGAAGGACGCAGGGAAAAGGAAUCGUGCGCAGCUCAGAAAAAUGACAAGAAAAACAGUAAGAAAAGGAGCAAAUCAUGCACCUCGGUCUACCAAAAAUCAAUUCUUGUUGGAUUUAUGAAGCAGAAGAAGAAAAGCAGGGGCAGAUGUGGGGCGAAGCAAGCAAAAGAAGAAGAAGUGCCGGUGUUCUUGCCAAGUACAAGCAACUCAAUAGUGGGUGGAUCCGUAGGAGAUAGCGGUAUUCAGAAUUGUAAUAGACUGCUCAUGGAACUCCCCAACAAGCGGAUUGCUACGGACAUAUGGGAGUUUGCGAAGAAGAUUGGGGCAGUGGCAGAGGAUGAAGAUUAGGUCAUCAAGAAACUCGAGGAGAUGGA